AUGGCGCAAUUAAAGAACGAGAAAUUGAUUCCGAGUGUCUCGUAUGGCUAUACCGCUGUCGAAUUAUACCACCAGCAGCCGGUACUGGGAAGCCUUACGCUUGGAGUUUACGACUCCUCGUGCUUCGUUUCAACCUCUAUCAGGGUUGUCCAGAUGUUGCUUGACGCUGACAGUGAUGUUAAUCGAGCAGGAGAUACAUGUGGUACCGCAUUGUAUGUGGCUUGUGGAUGUGGAGGGGAGGAGAUGAUGGAAGCGCUACUUGCCUACGGUGCCGACCCAAACAUCCAGCAGUGCGGCACACGCUAUCUUGCGUUGCAAGGAGUACUUGAAGUCGGAAAUGAAGGACCUGUCCGUCUCUUACUAGAGAGUAGAGCGCAGACAGAUCUUUACGGUGGUUACUUCCACAAUGCUUUGCAGGCAGCCUGCGUUACUGGAGAUGGGUCAAUAACGCGAAUCCUCCUCUCGCAUGGCGCAGAUGUCAACCUAAGCGGCUGGAACCUUGGCUCGCCUCUCAUCACCGCAUGCGCGGAAGGACGGCUUGGGAAUGCCAAAAUGCUGGUCGGAGCAGGCGCAGAUGUGACGAAAUUGGUUGGCCACUCCGCUCUGCUCACGACAAUACUCAGCCAGGCAUCACAGCUAGAAGUGUUCGACAAUCUAAUCGGUCUGGGCGUUGAUCCAUUAUAA